GAGGGAAACCGCCGCUCAGGAGCUGCCCCCACGACCUGCCGUUUUUACAAGGAGCUGGAUGCCAUACUUGGGUGUGACCCCACUGCCAAUCCGAGGAGCACGAUGGAGAGUUCAGAGCAGGGAGAAGUGGGGGAAGGUGUAGAUGAAGCAGAGAGUGAGGCUACUGGGGUGGAGGGAGGCACCCCGGAGUCCCAGGAGGCAUGCAGCCAGGAGCUCUUCUCAAGCCAGGAGGACGCUAGGCAGUCACAGCAGCUGGAACUUGUUAGUGAAGAAGAAGCAGAGGAGCGGGUUCCCGUGUCCCUGAAUCCUCCAGCCCUAUCACAGCCUGCUCAAAGACUACAGAACUUGAGGAAGAAGCCAAGGAAAAACAAGGAAGAUUUGGUCAAAGCAGUUAUGAAUCAGUACACCAGAGAGAGUAAGAGGCUGCAGGACUGGAGAGAGAAAAUGCAUGAGUGGAGGGAAACACAGAGCAGGAGAAAGGAAUUGGCUACCAAGAAAAGCACAAAGCAGCUGAUAAGCCUCAUGGCGCGCCAAACGGACUGUAUGCAGUCUCUCGUAGCCAUGCAGGCAGAUCAGUACCAUGCUAAACCCCCCCCCCCCCCAAAUCUCUCUCCCUUGUUCCCCAGUGUUUGCUCAAAACACCUUUCUCCAGCAGCCUGGUUCUUACCACCACCAGCUGCUCCCAACACCUGUACAUUCACCUACCAGCCCUGAGAACUACAACCCUUACCCUAUGCACUCAACCCCCAUCACAAUGCAGCAUAUUAAUCCUGAAGUGCAGCAGGCAUUGAACAGCAAUCCAGGCAGGACAUAUUCAAACCUCUGAAUGUACAGUCCACCACCCUACCC